AUGACGCCCAGUACAAACAACCCCCAAGAUCAAAAUGAGCCCCCUCAACAAAAAAAACUGAUCAACCUCCUCCGCGGCUGGCCGGCCCCCGCCUUACUCCCGGCCGCCGGACUCCAAUCCGCAGCAAACUACAUGCUCGCCGACCCGGAGCGCUCCGUGCCCGUGCUGCAGUACGGCAUCGACCCGGGGUACCAGCCGCUGCGGGAGGAAGUCGCCCGCUGGCUGAAUGGUGUGUAUGGCCCGUUUUCGUACCCGGAUACAGACCCAAACCGUCCCAUUGUCGCUGAUGGUAUCGAGUCUGUAAACGAAAAUGGUCAAGUAACAGCAGACGAAAUCACCAUCACGGGCGGGGCGAGCCAGGCGCUGGCGUGCGUGCUGCAGUCGUUUACGGACCCCGGGUACACGCGCGCGGUGUGGGUGGUGGCGCCGUGCUAUUUUAUGGCGUGUCCGAUCUUUGAGGACUGCGGGUUCCGCGGGCGGCUGCGGGCGGUGCCGGAGGACGCGGAGGGGGUUGAUGUGGAUGUGUUGGGGGAGAAGAUACGGGCUUGUGAGGAGGAGCCCUGGGAGAACCACCCCUCAAAAAACCCCGGCCCCGACCGCAAGCUCUACCGGCACGUCAUCUACCUCGUCGCAACAUGCGCCAACCCCUCAGGCAAGACACUCUCCCUCGCACGCCGCGAGCAGCUCGUGCGCCUCGCCCGCCACCAUGACGCACUCAUCAUCAGCGACGACGUCUACGAUCUCCUGCAGUGGCCCGUCACCGAUUCUCCGUCUACCUCUACAUCCCCCCAAACUACCUCCCUCCCACCUUUACUCCCCCUCCUCUCCCAAAUCGACAACGCCCUCGGCCCCUCACUCCACGACCCCCCCAAUUCUACUCCCAGCGACGCUUUUAAACCCAAACACUUCUCCCACGCCAUCUCCAACGCCUCCUUCUCCAAACUCGUCGGCCCGGGCAUCCGCACAGGCUGGAUCCACGGCAGCGCCGCCUUCGCAACAGGCUUCGCAACAACAGGCACCAACCGCAGCGGGGGCGCAGCCAGUCAGUUCGCAGCCGCCGUGGUCUGGCAGAUGCUGCGGACGGGCGAGCUCGAAGCGCAUGUUGACACUGUUGUGCGGCCUGCGCUGCGCAGGCGGUUUGAUCUUAUGCGGGGUGAGAUACGUGAGGUGUUGGGCCCGUUGGGGUUGAGCGUGUGGAAGAGGAAUGGGGUUGGUGGCGCGGGGACGAUUCCUACUGUCCCCAAGAAUGAUAGCAGUAGCAAUUUGGAGGAAGAAACAAAAGAGAUAUACGGCGGGUACUUCCUCUGGCUAACCCUACCAGACCACCCCAAUCUCGACGCAUCAGCCGUCGCAGAACGCGCUAAGACCGAAGAGAACCUCAUCGUAGCGCCGGGCAAGAUCUUCGAGGUGGCGGGGGACGAGGCGGCCGCGCAGUUCCCGCGGAACGUGCGGUUGAGUUUUGCGUGGGCGGACGAGGAUGAGAUUGUGGAGGGUGUUGCGCGGCUGGGGCGGGUGGUGCGGAAGAUGCUGAGGGGGGAGGAUGAUGGUGUUGUGGAUAUAAAUGCGAGUAAGGGGGAUACUCAGGAGUUUAAAUAG